GAUAUAUUUCAUGCCUUCAUGUUGUUCUUGAUCACAAUUUUCUAUUUGAAAGAUUUACAUCUGUUUAAUGGAAUCAAAUUUUUUUUUGCCAAAGGAAAUUAAAUUGCAAGCAGAUUGGGGAUUACAUUGACUGGUAUGUGAAUUAGAUCCUGAAAUAAAUCAAAGAGGGUUCCAGUUCGUUAAUGUCUUAAUUCCAUACUUCCAGACUACUGCAUUGAUAAGGGUGCGUGCUUGCUAAAAUGAGCAAAAGCAGAAAAUGUGGUUCUAAGUGGGAUUUAAAAGAUGAACACCAAUAUUCUCUUGAAAAUGUACAAGACAGUGCCUGGUCUGUGAAAGCAAGUGUGUCUUCUCAUGAAAGAGAAUCAGAACAUGGAUCUUUCUCUCCAGAGGUUCGUAGGAAUGGCAAUAAGUGGUCUGUCAUGAAAUCUAAGCAUGGAUCGCCUUUAAGGGAAUAUUUACAUGGAUGCAGAGGUAGCCUAGACAAUGAUAACAUCAAUAGUGAUUAUGCCAAAAAUUGGAAAACUGCAACCCUGUCAUAUGGGGAUGACACGUACAUCAAGAAAAAGUCACCUACUCUUGAUGAGCGAAGGAAACAAAAUUACCACAAUUCUCCUAAGGGUGAUUGGAGCAGGUCUCAAAGAAGCAGGAGUAGAAGUCGUAGUAGAAGUAGGAGCAGAAGUCCGGCUCCUGGCAUUAGGCGACAAUCGGGAAUCCAUGAGAGAAUCAGAUACAGAUCUGGGGUGUCAACUCAAAUGUGUAGAGAUUUUAUGGGUGGGAGAUGCAGGAGAGGCAGUCAGUGUCACUUUCUUCACCAGGAUAGUCAAAGUCAUGAGGAUGGCUGCGAUGAUAGGCAAAAGAGGGCUGGUGUUUCAAAAUAUAUUACUCGCACUGAUGAUAAAGAUUACUUUAUUAAGAGUGGAAGAUCUACUGAUUGCUGUACUGAUUAUCUGGAAGGUAACUGUCGCAGAGGUGCAUCAUGUAGAUUUACUCAUGAUGGUGUUUCAGAUGGUUACAGCAGAGGAUCAAUAAAUGAGAUAAAUAAAGAAAGGGAAAACAACAAGAGGAACAGAGUUAUAACUCCAGAGCGAGGUGUUGAGCAUGAAGCUCGAAAAAGCAGUGACAUACCUUGCAAAUACUUUGCUGCUGGAAAUUGUCGUAAUGGAAACUAUUGUAGAUUUUCUCAUCAUGGUCUGGAUAAGCUACAGGAUGGUGCAAAACCUACUGAUGUUGAUGCUUCUUUCAAUGCGGAGAGAUCUUGGAAUGCUUCAAAGGGGAGUGAUGCUGAUGUGCUAAAUGAUGCCAAGAAACCCUGGACUGGUCCUAAAUGGAGUGAUACAGGUGCCUACCUAGGGGCUACAAAGUUGAACGAUGACAUAAAUGAAAAAGUGGGUGCCUCCAAACCAAAUGGUGUUGAGGAUUCAAAUGAUGAUAUGGAAAUGUCUCCCCAGUGGAAUUACCGAAUCCACUCUUCUGUUAAUAAGGAAAAGUCUCAUAGUUCAGAGAUCACUCCUGUGGGGACAUCUUUACCGGCUCACGAAAAGAAUAUAACUGAAAUGGCCUCAGGUCAAGCAUGUGAUGAGCUUGCUGCUUCUCAGCGAAUGCCAACAGGGAAAUUUAACUAUCAAGUGGACCACUUGACAAUGGGUAGCACUCCCGCGGCAUUCCCAUGCGACGCCAAUGCCAUUAGUAGAAAUUAUUGUGUUUCACACAUUGGUCCAAAAUUUUCUACCAACAUCCUUCCAACACAAAAUUUUGAUGAUCCUGGGCGUUCUUUACCUCAUUCAAACUUAAAUGCAAUUGGACAAAGUGAACUGUCAAUCCCUUCUAAUGAAGUAAAUACGGAAGUUCCACAAAAUAGUGUGCUGUUUCAAGAGGAGAAACCAAGCACCAAACUGAUUAUUGGGGAUAAAAGUAUAUUACAUGGUAAUUAUGGAUCUCUGCCAACUUCGAACAUGGUGACGUCUUUUGCACACUCUGGAGGACCUGCUGAGCCAGAUUCCAUGCCAACUGUACAGCCAGAUCAAGAAAUUUCAUUCCAGAAUCAAUAUGACCCCAGAGAUGAUAGCAUUGAUCCUGCUAAGAAGCAGGAUACAAACACUAAGCCUUUCGGAUUUCCAGUACAUCCUGUUAGUCAGGAGGCGACAAAGGAAAAUGGAGUUCUGAAAAUCAAGAAAGCUGAAGCAGAGAACACGAAUGGUUUGUCGGAGAACAUGGAGGCAGAUGAUAGGACCGAGGAGGGAAAGAAGAGAAAGGAUGGUAAAGGGCUUCGUGCAUUUAAAUUUGCACUUGUCGAGUUUGUCAAGGAUCUCCUAAAACCGGCUUGGAAGGAAGGUCAAAUUGGCAAAGAGGCUUAUAAAAGCAUUGUAAAGAAAGUUGUUGACAAAGUGAUUGCUACAAUGCAAGGGACAAAUAUUCCUCAAACACCUGAAAAAAUUGAUCAAUAUCUGUCAUUCUCGAAACCAAAGCUUAGCAAACUUGUACAGGCGUAUGUGGAAAAAUUCCAGAAGAGCUAAACGAAACAGGGGAUCCUAAUUUCUUGUGAUAUUUUAUUUAUACGUUACAUAUCAAUCUGUCUUAUCUUUCAUUUUUUGUGCCCUUAUCUAAUUUCAGCAGCUUCUUAUAAUGCUAACCUUUUUGAUAUCUGUUUGUCGUAUUUCUGUGAAGCAGGUAAGUGACUUUUAACUCCCAUGUAGAUAUUUCAUUGUUUCUGUAUUUGAAGUUUAAAUUAUGAUGUUUCCAUUUCCUUCUGCA